CUUGCCCAAGCGGGGCUUUAUAAGGGCCCGUCCCGUCGGGGCUGGCAAGUCUCGAGUCCUGGAGGGCACCAUGGCGAUAGGCGCAGCAGCGUUGGGACUCCUCGCUCUCCUGCUCGGCUGCUCCGGCCAUUCUGCCGAAGCUCAAAACUCGGGGCGCGUCGACAUGCCGAAGUGCAUCCUGUCUGGCAACUGGACGAACGACCUGGCCUCCACCGUGCUGUUCGGCAGCGUCAGUAACACCGGGGUCUUCAGCGGCGUCUACCAAACGGCCGUCUCGUCCUCCGGCAACCCCAUCCCGCCAUCCCCGCUGCAGGGCAUCCAGCACCAGAGGGACAACGCCACCUUCGGCUUCACCGUCUACUGGAACGCCUCUAAGUCCGUCACCGUCUUUGCCGGCCAGUGCUUCGUGGUUGAGGGCGGGAAGGAGCUGCUGAAGACCGUCUGGUUGCUGCGCGCAGAGGCGGCCUCCAGGGAAGACGACUGGGGAGCAACGAAAGUUGGCACGAACACUUUCUACCGCACCAAGUGAGAGGGUGAAGAGAGCCAGGUCCCCGUGGUUUCUGCCUGGGGAUGGGGGUGAGCCUUCCUGCCUCACCCAUCAGCCACUCUUCUCCAAUAAAAUGUUUUCCUGAGCAGCA